GAUCCGGAGCUGAAUGCAACUCUCCACACCGGUCUUCAAAAGGGCACAAUGGAAGACAACCGGCAGAAGUGUAACAUCUCCCGCUCCGCAAGAGCUCAACUGAAUUUCUCGGUGAGCAGAAUUGAGCGCUUUCUUCGAGAAGGAAACUUCUCUCAGCGUUUGAGUCCUUCCGCACCGGUUUUCCUUGCUGGCGUACUAGAGUACCUGACAGCUGAUGUACUUCGCCUGUCUGUCAAGGAGGCCCAAGCUAGCGGGAGGAAGCGCAUAACUCCAGAGCACAUCUCCUGGGCUGUUGAAAACGACAAACAUCUUCGUAAAAUCUUCAAAAUUGACAGCAAGUCUUCGGUCGCUGAGCCAUCAAAACCCGACGAGAACUGAUAACUAAGUCGCGGAGGUUGGAGGCUCAAAACUUGAGCCUCAAAUCGCCCCAAUGUCCCUCUAACUGGGGGGUAAGUUAGACAUGUUAUUAAAACUGUCUAAACCA